UGUUGAUUGCAAUGAAGUCAACGGGGUCAGCGAGCCGAGCUGCAGUUACAGGAAGUGACCAGCAGGUGGCGUGAUGGGUAAACCUUUCGGCGAAUCACAACACGGGAGGGAGAGGGGUAACGUCAUUGUUGGGGGUAUUUUUCAAGAUGGCGCCGGUCUGUUGCUGGAAUUCCGCCGCCGCCGCUGAACGUCCGGGGAUUUAAUCAAUCUUCCGGCCGGCGGCGACAACGACGUUGACUCCACACGCGAGAUCCGGUUAUCCGUUUUUAAAACACCGGCGGCGGGGAUGAACGUGUUACGCCCGGUGAGCGUCAGGUAACGGCGAAGUGUCUCUGGCUAAAAUGGUAGCCCCUUCCUCCGAGAACAAAACCUGCUGCUGCUGCUGCUGCGGAGCUCCGCCGACGGGGCAGUCGUCGCAGUAUCCUUCGCCCGCCGCCGAGGCUCGCCUGUCGGACUGAGCGGCCAUGGAGAAGGAGACCGGAGGAGGCGUGUCGCUCGCCUUCGACUUAAAGGACAACGAAGAAGAAGAAGAAGAAGAAGAAGAAGGAGGAGGAGGAGGUAAAGCGGGUCACACCGCUCUCAAAGUCCGCAGCAUAGCGCUGCUAGCCGGUGUCCGCGGGGCUCAGGAAGCCGGGAAGGGACAUUUUUACGUGACCGGUAACGGGACGGAUGUAAACAGAGACGCCUCGGUGCAGCCGCCCCCGCACGGCACGGAGGUAAUGUUGGACUUGGUGUCUGCGCCGGAGAAGAGCCCCCCGGCCCCGCCGGCCGACAGGUGCGUGGCUCCGGGGGUUGUUGUCCGCGACCACAGCGGCCUGAACGGAUUCACCGAGUCACUCGGUCCCGAGGAGCCGACGACGGUCGCGCUGGAAGGAGGAGGAGGAGGAGGAGGAGGAGGAGGAGGGAGCCUCGGCCCGGCAGCGACCACAGCCGCUUCCUGUCCAGCUGCGCUCGGGACUCGGGUUUCAGCAGACACGACGGGCCCGCAGAUGCUGCCGUCCACUGCGGGGGGAAGCGCGGGGCACGGCCCGGGUGUAGCCGCGGGGGAAGAGGCGACGGGCGGCGGCUGUAUGAGGACCUCUCUCCCCCCCGAGCGGCGGCCAUGCGCCGGGAGGCAGCAGCGGAGGAACUGCGCCUGCACCGCGGCGGUCGACAUCAUGCCCAACGGGGCUGUCGACGGCCAAGAGCCCGGGGCGGGUCUGGCCGAUUGUGAGCCGACGGGAGCGUCCUCCGGCCCGUGCGACGCGGACUGUGAGGAGGUCAAAGUGUCCAACGGCGGGUUACACAUCGUCGGUGCCGCCGGAGCAACACGCGACGGUUCCGAUUCGGACUGGUCCGCCGAGGACGACGACGUUCGGUCGGUCCCGGGACCGGGGCGAGAGAACGGGGACGGGUCGGGGGAGCGUCCGCCGAGCCGAGGGGACUGCAGCGGGACAGUCGUCUCUGAGUGGCCGGGGAAGGAUGCGCCGGCCGCGGCUGAGCUCCCUCCGUCCGCCAGAGCCCCCUCCCCCCUCCCGCCCCCCCGAGCCCCCUCCCCCCUGCCGCCCCCCAGCCCCGACCCGGACCACAGUCCGCUGUCAGAGGGGGACGAGGGGGACUUCGGGGACCGCAGUCUGCCCGCCAGGCCCCUGUCUCUGAGGACUAACCCCGGCGGCCUCCCGGUGUCCCUCAGCUGCGACGCCACGCCGCUGUCCCCCGAGGAGGACGGGGGCUUUUACUUCGGGGACGAUGGGUACGGAGAGGACCGCCGCGCCGGGCUGGAGGCGGCCGGUCGCCGGCAGAGCGCCCCGGACAAACUCCCGGACCUGAGCGAGCCGACGGACGGGUCGGACCUCAAGCUGAUGCCAAAGAGGUUCGGCAUCGCGGACUUCUUCACCAGGAGCCUUUUUUCUAGGAAACCCAAAGAGCCCAAGGCGCCGGCCCACAAUGCAACAGGGUGGCGACUUUUCGGCAAGACUGCGGCCAGAGAGGCUGAUCCAACGACAGAGCCCGACUCCACGCUGUCCACUGAGGAGGAGGAGCAGCUGGACGACUGCGGCGUUUCCUCGUGUCCCCAGCGCCCCCUGGCUGCAGGGAGGAGGAAGAACCUGGAGUUUGAGCCACUGUCCACCACCGCUCUCAUCCUGGAGGACCGCCCGUCGAACCUUCCCGCCAAAUCUGAAGAGGAAACUCAGAGACACAAACAGGAGUAUGACGAGAUGGUGGCAGGAGCCAAGAGGAGAGAGUUGAAGGACGCUCAGAGGAAGAAGCGUCAGAUGAAGGAGCGACACCGACAAGAGGACAGUAUCUCCAACGCCAUGGUCGUCUGGAAUAACGAGAUCCUGCCGCACUGGGACACCAUGAAGGGAACGCGGCGGGUGAGGGAGCUGUGGUGGCAGGGACUUCCUCCCAGUGUCAGAGGUCGAGUGUGGAGCCUCGCCAUCGGCAACGAGCUCAACAUCACGCCAGAGCUGUAUGAGAUCUUCCUGUCCAGAGCCAAAGAGAAGUGGCGGAGUUACAGCGAGACGAGCUCGGUCAACGACAGCGAGAGCGAUGGCGGAGCGUCGCUAGCCGACAGGGAGUCGAGUCUGGACCUCAUCAAACUGGACAUCUCCAGAACCUUCCCCUCGCUCUUCAUCUUCCAGAAGGGCGGUCCGUACCACGACCUCCUCCACAGUGUUCUGGGAGCGUACACCUGUUACAGGCCGGACAUUGGUUAUGUUCAGGGGAUGUCGUUCAUCGCCGCCGUGCUGAUCCUCAACCUGGAGGAGGCCGAGGCCUUCAUCACCUUCGCCAACCUGCUUAACAAACCGUGUCAGAUGGCGUUCUUCAGGGUCGACCACGAGCUGAUGUUGAAGUACUUUGCAGCGUUCGAGGUCUUCUUCGAGGAGAAUCUUCCUCGUCUCUUCAGCCACUUCCAGAGCAACAGCCUGACCCCUGACCUCUACCUGAUCGACUGGAUCUUCACUCUGUACAGCAAGUCCCUCCCCCUGGACGUGGCGUGCCGUGUGUGGGACGUGUUCUGUCGGGACGGCGAGGAGAGCCUGUUCCGGACGGGCCUGGGCGUCCUGCGUCUGUUCGAGGACGUCCUGCUGCAGAUGGACUUCAUCCACAUCGCCCAGUUCCUCACGCGGCUGCCGGACGACCUGCAGGCGCACACGCUCUUUGCCGCCAUGGCCAACACGCACAUGACGAGCAGGAGCGGCCGCUGGGCUCAGGUGUUUUCUGCUCUGACGAAGGAAGGAGGAAUCAAAGACGCGGAAAAAAACAGCAGCCCGGCGCUGAGGAGUUAACACGUCGCCCUCGACGCUUAACGCCAAACGUUUUGCCGCUGCGAGGGGCGUCGGGUUUUUGCCGGCGCUGAAAGCGAGCUCUGACGUGCGAGGGCGGGGCGGCUUGAAGCUGCGUAGCCGGAAGCGAAAAAAACUCUUCACUCCAGCAACUUCGCUAUGAAGCUUGAAGCAAACGCGAGGUGGAUGCUGAUGAUGUCAGAGGCUGGUGGGCGGAGCUGAGAGGGGUGGGCCGGGCCGAGAGGAGGCGGGGCCUGAGCGUCCCUCCCGGCGACGGAAGAAAAAUCUGCAGCCGUUCGGUCGUGUUCUGGAGAAACGACUUUGUUGUUUCACUCAGAAUUCAGCUGCCGGGCCAGAAGGGGGCGGGGCAAACUCAGUCCUGGCCCCGUGAUUGGUCCGUGGUCAUUCUGUCCCCCCUCCGUGUUCCGGGACGUCGACUCCUGUGGAAUAUUCCAGCUCUUAAUGUUCGGUGCUAAUAAGUUUUUCUUCUGUGGUUCGAUGACUAACGUCCGUUCGUCCUCGUGGUUUUUGUUUUCACACUGUUCUGAUUCAUCUGCUGCUUUUUAAAAACUCGAACCAGAAUAUUAGUGAAACUUUUUAAAAACUCUCAUUGGUCGGAAAUCUAAAACAAUUCAGACCCCCGAGACGACAAAAGAAUUUUUACACGGCUUAGAAUUUCUCAUCGUGAGCAUUAAAUAACACGACGACUACGAGCUGAAUGUUCUCUCACGGUAAAUUUCUAAAUGAUCUCAAAUCUAAAAUCAGACGGAAAGAUCAUCCACAGUGACGACGCUAAAACGUUAAAGAUGAGAUUCAUGUUUUUGUUUUCUUCUCAACUUUCCUCUGUCGUUUUCUCAAAAUCGAGUAAAUUUUCUGGCGAAAAAGACCAAAUCUCAUGAUUCCAUUUUCUCAGUUAUCGAGACGCGGCGCCGGCUCGUCCUCAUCGAUCAAUCUGAUCGACGUUGAGCUAUUUCCCAGAAAAAAGUAAUAAUUUAAAACAAUUUUGAUAAUCGAUCUAAACCAAAAAAGUUGGAAAACAAAAUCUGGAUUUUCUGCUUUUCUGUUUCAUAUCUUUUUAAAUGAAGAUUUUAAAAAGUAGUUUAGAUAAAAUCAGAACCACGAAGACAUUUUAUUGAUCGAGGAAACAACAACAAUCAGCAGAUUGAUCGAUAGUGAUCAGAAUUAUUAUUAUUAUAUUAAGUAUUUGAGAAGCUGCGACGGUUCAAACAUUCUACUUGAAAAGGAAUUGAUUGUUAAAAUAGCUGGAGAUUAUUUGUUAAUAUUCCAUUGACUGAAAUCAAACCGUCGUCGGCCGAGUUCAUGAUCGAAUCGUCAGUCUCUUUAAUCUGGAUUAUAAUCUGACAUCAGCAGCUUCUCCUUCGAUGAACUGACAGAAGAUCACACACGUAAUAUUGUGUAUUAAUACUCCGAUUAAAAAGCUCCUUGUUUUUACACCGAAUCACUCCACUUUGACCGGGCGUCUGUCGGCCAAUCAGACGUCAGUGCUCAAGGGCGGCGGGUCGAAUUGUAGAACACGUCACGUGAUCAGACUUCAUCUGACGCGUUGACGGAGCACUUGACUCUAAGAUAAUUAAAACGUUAGGCGACGUUAAACACUAAAUUAAUUUGACUGAACGGUCUCACACACACACACACACACACAAGCACUUUGUUUUCUGUUAUUAAAAUCAUUCCUCAUUAACAUAAAUCUCAACAGUUUCCUCGUUAGUAUCUGUGAAUCAAACUUUAAUCUGGUGCCUGAACAAAAAAAAGGCACGACGAGGAGGCGUAUUAUUAUUAUUAUUAUUAUUAUUAUUCAUAAUCUUUAUUUUCAACACGUCUGUGAGUUUUAAAGUCAAACACUUCUUCUCGUUAUUAAACUUCUCGUUGUAAAAUGUCGACAGUUCGUUUUCAGAUCCUUAAAAAAAUAUUCGAUUUUUUCGAGUCGAUUUAUCGGCAGAUUAUAUUUAUAUUAAAAAAAAUUAUCAAUGAUUUUCAAGAAACACUUUUGACAUUUGAAGUUUGAUAUUUCACAAUUCAACCAUAAAGUGUAUUAUGAAUCAUUGACGAUGUUUAAAUGAAUAAAUUAUAAUAUCGACUGACACAAAAUCAUCAUCAGUCUUCGUGUCCGAGACAUUUUUUGCAGCAUUUUGAAAGUGAAUGUAAAUUUUAAAUAUGAACUGAUGACGUUUGAUUUCCAAAAUGAAAACUCUAAAGUUUUAAGAUUCACAGUUCUUCAGGUUUUAUUUGGUUUCAGGAAUAUUUCACAUUUAUUCUGUAGAUUAUUGUUUUUUUCCUUCAGUAUUAAUUUUCCUCUGGAUGAUUUCCAGAUGUUCAGACCAACUCUGGAUCAAACUGACACAUUCCACAUCAGACUUGAGAAAUUCUUUUAUAGGAAAAAAACAACCCAAACUGAGCUCGUUAUGAAUUUAAUAUUAAUAUUAAAUGAAAUAAAACGUGAGCUGUGAGACGACGUGAAUCUAAAGAGUUGACGUGUUGAAGGUAGAAGACGUCUGCAAAAAUAAAAUAUGUGCAAUAUGGUUUUGACCGAAGAGACGUGGACUGUUAAGAAUCCAUAAACCUGCUCCAGAUUAUUGAUGAAGAUGAGAUUAAUGUGAGAUUCUUGUUCCACACGUUCGUUUUAUUUAAGUUUUUAUCGACGCUUUCAUUUGUGUUUUAUAUUUUCAUGUAAAUUCAUUAAGCUCUUUGUUUGUUUUAUGUUAUAGUUUUUUUUGUUUUUUGUCUCGUCAAAUUUACAUGUACAUGUUUUUUCAUGAAGCCUUAACUGGUAAUGUAAAUGAUCUGUAAAGAUGUUUUUUUUUUCUUUUCAUAUAAUGGCCACUAGUUCAAUGUGUAAAUAAAUAUCUCAGCAAACUGAA